UCAGGACAGUUAGUAAAAAAAUCAGUUUGUCAAGAUUUUUCUAAAGAAAAACAACCAAUUUAUAACCCUCAACCGAUAGUGCAUUUCAUUAAACAGUUUUUGACCACACACAAGUAUGUAGAAAGUUCACUGUAAAUUUUCAUCUUGACAGAACCUGUGUCGUCUCACUGGCGCAUUGUUUCGUAUUACCAGAAUUGGCAAGACAUCGUGGUGUGAAUAGCAGUUAGCAGUUUGUGAAAAGAAAUGACUACAUUUUAACCAUAUAAAACCAAUAAAGUGAUCAAGCAAAGCUACAAAGAUAAGCAUUUUAUUUCCUCAUCGAUUGUUAGGAAUUCAUCGUUACCUCAUAUAAUGGCACCAACGAGUGAUAUAUGGCAACACUUCUCAAAAUGCGACGGAGGAGCAAAGUGCCGCUAUUGUCAAUGCGUCAUAAGCUGGAACAAUGGAUCAACUUCAAAUCUUAAACGACACAUAGAUCGCAAACACCCAACUGUUCCACAACAUAGAACACAACAACCGUGCACAUCAUCUGCAGAAGAACCGAUCACAGAAGAAACACCACAACCGAUUAGCACUUCUAAUACUGUAAGCAACUACUUUCGGUCAAUUAAGCCUCUAUGCUCCAAAAGCAAAGAAAAGCUAGAUUCUCUUUUACUCCUAAUGAUUUGUAAAGAGUACUAUCCGUUUUCGAUAGUUGAAGAUUAUCAUUUCAAACAAUUUGUUGAAGCUCUGAACCCUAAUUAUCAGAUGCCGUGUAGAAAGACUAUUUCGAACGCUGCUUUACCUAGACUUUAUGCUGAGGCAGUUAACAAUGUUAAAAAAAAUCUAAUAGAUGCCGAAACGAUUGCGUUAACGGCUGAUGCCUGGACAAGCAUAAGCAACUCAAGUUAUUGUGCAUUGACAGCACACUAUAUUACUAAAGAUAGCUUGUCUUGUUCAUAUUUAUUAGAUUGCGGAGAGGUAUCGGAAAGUCACACAGCACCAAAUUUAGCCAGUUGGAUCCGAUCGAUUAUCCAAAGAUUUGAUACAGAAAAAAAAAUAUUCAUUUUGGUGACUGACAACGCGGCCAACAUGGUAGCUACUGCCGAUAGUUUGAACUUACCACAUUUGCCGUGCAGUGCUCAUACGUUAAAUUUGGUGGUAAAAAACGCAAUAAAAGCGUCUAUUACAAACACAGUUGAAGAAGCGAAGCGUGUUGUGAUGUUUUUUAAAAGGAGUGCUAAAGCAACUUAUAAAUUCUUUGAAUUGCAAACCAAAUUAAACUAUGCCCAACAGAAAUUAAAACAAGAUUGUCCAAUUCGCUGGAGUUUAACUUACGAAAUGUUGAAAAGAUUAAAAAAUAACAGAAUUCCGUUAGUUUCCUGUGUGGCGUCAAUUAACAUUAAAUCAAAAGUAGAAGAAUGUGAUUGGACCGUAAUCGAACAAGCGACAAGUGUUCUCGAACUUGUUAAUGCAGUCACUAUUGAAAUUAUAGGUGAAAAAAUUGUCACACUUUCAACAAUGGGUGUUCUUAUAAGAUCGUUGUUAAAAAAAAUUUCAGAAAAAAUAGAAAAUGAAAGCAUGUGUAAGGAAGUUUCUAAACUAUGCAAAGAAAUAGUACGAGGUAUUAACGAAAAGUUUGAAUGUAUGUUUGAUUCAGAAAUUAUCAAUAGCGCUAUAAUCCUAGAUCCACGAUUCAAAAAAGAAGGUUUUUUAGGAGACGUUGCUCGAUAUGAAUCUUGCUACGAUAAUUUAGUUAGCAAAUUAAAUCCUUUGCAAUCGGAAGUAAAUGACUCAGAUGAAGGUUCACAACAAGAAACAUUUGAAAAUGAUGAUGUUUGGGAAGUGUUCAAAUUCCAAGAGCAAACACCCGUUAACAAUUUUAAUUCAAGAAUAUCUGCCGUUCUGAACUUGAUAGAUAUUUAUCGGAUAAAAAAAUUAAAAUCAAAGACGAUCCUCUACAUUGGUGGCACACUCGUGGUGAAGCAUAUCCUACCUUGCAUAAGUUUGUGAAACAAUAUUUAUCAAUUCCAGCCUCUUCAGUUCCAUGUGAACGUAUUUUUUCAAAAGCGGGCCAAAUUUUAACGGAAAAGCGCAGCCGCAUAACAUCACAAAAAUUAAAAGAAAUGAUGUUUAUUAAACAUAAUUACAGACCAGAAUGAGGUAUUUCGAAUCAAUAAGGUUUAGUUGAAGAAAGAAUCUCGAAAUGACUAUAAAUGUAACACAUAACAAAAUAAACCCAAACGGUUUAUAUAGUUUUAAUACGUUAGAUUAAGAAGAUGGUAAUUAAAAAACAGAAAAAGUAGAUUUAUUUGGGUAGAAUUUAUUUAAUAAAGAAAUGAAUUUACAAUACGAAUUUCAUUAUCAAAUUUACAUCAAUACAUCAAAAAUCGACAUAUGGGAGAUUGUAGCAUAACGCACGUGUACUCUAAUUCCUUGAAGCUCUGAUUGCUAUGGAGAUCAAUUUAAUUUUACCAACGCUGUAAAAAAGAACGAAAAUACAUCUAGAAUAUUGCACAUCAACUAAACAAAGCAUGCUGCAAUUAAACGAUGAAUGCUUUUUCAUCUAACUGUCAAAAUGAUCCCACGGUUUUUGCCCGAAUUGAUUGAUUAUUCGUCCUCUUUUUAAUAAACCACAAAAAAUCCAAAUAUACUUUAAAACGAUCCAUUCUCAUGGAGAUUCCGGAGCCGAUUCCCAUUCCGCAGCCGAUUCCGCUUCCGAAGACGAUUUUGCUUCCGGAGUUGAUGCCGGAGCCGAUUUCAGAGUAGAUUUCGGAGCCAAUUCUGAAUCCGAUUCCGGAGCCGACUCCGAUUCCGGAACCGAUUUCUAUUCUGGAACCGACUCCGAUUCCGGAACCGAUUCUAUUUCGGAGCAGA